CGCGGCUUCAGUGCCCACCGAGACCCGCGACUGUUAACACGCUUUCGCGACUCCCUGCCGCACUACACCGCUGACGCUGAGCCGCAACACGCGAUUGUGUACACUUGUGAGCGAGGCGCGCGCCCUUUCUCUCACGCAGUGUGAUCGUGCCUCGGUACGUGAAUGCAAAACCGGACUGCUCUCUUGGCAAGAGACAACGAAAAGGAAUCUACCGCCGUGCGGGACUCUGAAGUAUUUCAACGGCUACGGAGGGCUGGCCUGCCACUCGCCCGGACCCCGCUCCAUUCCCGCGGGGACUCUUUGCCGAUACUCCGCUAACGACAAUCACGUAGACAAAAGGAGGUAACACGUAAUGACUGCUACUCACGGAGGCGGCUGCGAGGACGCCCGCCCUGAUAAGGAUUACACCAACAAAACUGGAUUCAAGAACGAUGCAUACCAACACGACAGAGACUCGAACGAUGAUAUCGUCAAGCCACCACCGCUGCCAACUGAAGAAGAUAUGUACGCUUCUGGAAAGGUCAAGCUAUCGAGAAACGAAAAAUGGAGGAUACUGAAGAACGUUGCAGCUGUAAGCGCUGCUUUCAUGGUACAGUUCACAGCUUUCCAAGGAACUGCGAACCUACAAUCAUCUAUCAACGCUGCUGACGGACUUGGAACAGUUUCACUGAGCUCAAUCUACGCGGCGCUCGUCGUCUCCUGCAUUUUCGUUCCCACAUUUCUAAUCAAAAGGCUCACGGUUAAAUGGACACUAUGUCUUUCCAUGAUGUGCUACGCGCCUUACAUUGGUGCGCAAUUCUAUCCAGCAUUCUACACUCUGGUACCUGCCGGGGUGGUGGUUGGCUUAGGAGCAGCUCCAAUGUGGACAUCCAAGGCCACCUAUCUGACUCAAGCUGGUAGUGUCUACGCUAAAUUAACCGAUCAAGCAGUAGACGGUAUAAUUGUCCGAUUCUUUGGCUUCUUCUUCCUGGCAUGGCAAACUGCUGAACUGUGGGGCAACCUCAUUUCCAGUUUGGUUUUCUCAUCUGGAGUACACAGCGGCAACAGUGAAAACACGUCUAACACGUUGCUGACGUGUGGCGCCAACUUCUGCAUGAUCGGCGGCGGUCACCAUGACAACCGCAACUUACACCGGCCGCCAGACAGCGAGAUAUAUGAGAUCAGUGCCAUAUACCUCGCCUGCGUCGUCGUCGCCGUCAUCAUGGUUGCCGUCCUUGUCGAUCCCUUGUCCAGGUACGGUGAAAAACAGAGGAAUUCGGAUCCUUCCAGAGAACUGACAGGAAUCCAAUUGCUCUCGGCGACCGCUUACCAACUGAAGAAACCCAACCAACAAUUGCUUAUCCCUAUUACACUAUGGAUUGGAAUGGAACAGGCGUUUAUUGGUGCUGAUUACACUCAGGCCUACGUCUCGUGUGCUCUUGGAAUCCGAUCUAUUGGAUACGUGAUGAUCUGUUUCGGAGUUGUCAACGCGAUCUGUUCUCUGCUCUUCGGAUCAGCCAUGAAGUUCAUCGGACGAUUCCCCAUACUGUUCAUGGGCGCAGCUCUUCACCUCGGAUUGAUCGUAUGGCUUCUGAUAUGGAGACCUAAUCCUGAAUCACCCACUGUUUUCUUCGUCAUAUCCGGAUUAUGGGGAGUUGGUGAUGCUGUUUGGCAGACACAAAUCAAUGGCUUGUACGGAGUACUGUUUAGACGAAACAAGGAAGCGGCGUUCUCUAACUACAGGCUAUGGGAGAGUGCUGGCUUCGUUGUCGCCUAUGCAUACUCCACUCACUUAUGUGCCAGGAUGAAGCUAUAUGUCAUGAUGGUCGUCUUGCUCAUUGGAUUCCUUGGAUACAUGGUUGUUGAAAUACUGCACAAGAGAAAGGCUCUUCGUCUCAAGGCGAUUGCAGAGAACCCAGCAGCCGCCGCAGAUGCCGCGAUGCAGCCACCAGAAGAAGAUGACGAGAAGGAUGAGAUUGACGACGAAAUCAUCAUCACACAUCUCUAGAUCAUCUUAAUCAAAUCGUUUACGGUUACAAGAAUGAUCUCCGUCAAUGAUGGUUUGCGUAUUGAAGCGCAAAAUACAAAAUUGCCAUACAUCAAUUUCGUUAGGUACAAAAUGAACAGAAAAAAAUAUUUUAUAAUCUCAAUUAAUUAAUAAUAUUUAUAUAUGUAUCCGAUAGUUUAGUAUUUGGCCGAAUUAAGUGAGUAAAAUAAAGACUUGACAAGUACAAACGCUCCCUUAUCAUGAUAAAGUUCAUUCCAGUUUUUUAACGUAUUAACAUUUAAAAAAAAAUCUUCGGGUCCAAAUCAUUAACACUAAGGUAAAUUAUUAUAUUUUUCUUAAAUCAUCGUAGACGUUAAGGAAAAAACUAAGAGACCAAUGUUUGUAUUGUCUGAGCAUUACCAGACUUUUAUAAUAUUAUAAAAGUAGCUCUUAUUUUAGAUCUGAAUAAAAGAAACAAGUUCUAAACUAUAAGGUCUUCAUAGUACUCACGGUACGAAACGUAUUUACUUUGAGGAACUGAUAGUAACUGACGUGAUCAAUAUGAAUAUUGAUUUACUGAACAUCUGUAUUUAUUAUUAUUUCAAUAGUAAUUAUUCGCUUUGUCUUUUAUUUGGCUCAAUGGCCUCUUCAAUAUUUGUGUCUACUUAUUGUUUUUUUCUGUGGAGAAAUUUAAUUAUUUCCUUGAAAUGUAACGCAAUUUUUCGUACGUACGUUGGCCCUCUUAUUAACGAACAAGGAUAACAACACAAGUGUUUCGGCAAACUUAUGGUCAAAACAUCAUUGGUUGCGUGCAGUCAUUUAGAUAUAGACGGACAAAUAGAUCCUGUGAUGAUAUUGAAACUAAAUCAACCGCAGUAGCGCCGACAAUGUCAAAAAAGUGGCACAAGAUUCAUGUCGUACUUUAUAGACCGACAAGGCUGUCUUAACUGGUGGGCAUAAAUCAAAAAAAUUAUGACAGCUCACUAGCGCCCCUUAUCAACGUCAAAAAAUAUAAAAUCCCCCUGUACUGUAGCUGUCAAUUUUUUUUUUGUUUUAUGUCAUUUUCUAUGUCUAGGUAGGUUUAAUAUAUAUUCAACAAGUGACAAGCAACUAUGAUAGCCUCUCAUCGGUUCAUAUAUCGUUGACUAUAUCUCAUUUUACUUUGACCAACAAGGAUGUGAUAGCACUGCCCCUUGUCAACAUCAAAAAAAAAAUUACAAGAUCCGUUUCGUACUGUAGCUGUCACGUCAUAUUUCUUUUGCUGCCAUUUCCCAUGUAAAUUCUACAUAUUUUCUUACAGAAUUUAACGGGACAGAUAUCCUUGUCGGUCUAUCUUGUCAUGUCUUAUCUUAUGUGUCAUUUUCUAGUUACUUCUGCGUAUAAUUUGACAGAACUUACUGCUUUAAUAGCGCCGUUUCUUACCAGACCUAAUGAGUUUGUCAAAUACGUCCUUACGUGUCCUUGAUUGUUUCCUUCUCUGUGGAUCUAUCAUGAAUAUUUGCGAGAAACGCCUUGGUAUCGUCAUCAUCAAUUGUGUCAAAAUUAGUAUGAGAUUUUUGGUGUACUUUACGCCCGAUAGGGGCGCUGCACAAACUUUAAUACUUUUUUCGAUGACGAUACGAUGGGUCUUUUCGCACUAAUGUUAUUGUCAUUAUUAUUCGAUUAUUACGAGGGAUAUUUUUAUUAUUCUAAAAUUUUUGAGCAAUGUAAAGUUAGAUUGGCAUGACUAUAUGUUAUUUUAAAUGUGAUAUCUAACGAAUAGUAGAUUAUAAAUCAAUACUAUAGUGUUAGUUGUAACAUUUUUUUUAUUAUAAUCAAUUUAAUUAUAAAGAAUAUAUUGUUGCAGCUAUUUUCUUGUUACUUUUCUGUUCUAUUUAUUUAACUAUCGAAACUUUGUAAAAAAAAAAG